GGCAACCGUUGCAUUUGGGUUGCAGCGCGGUCCAACGCCACCAACCACCAUCCACCUCAUGCAUCUUGAUUAGCCCUCCAUUACCUUGCUAUCCUAUGCGCCCUCGCCUUCGUCCUAUAACCCAUCAAAUUUGAAUAUAUCUCGUAUUUCGGCUUCUUUUACCUUUUUAGAGCGGUCUCUACAUGCCCACCGAAUCCUUGUCAACUGCCCCCAGCACGAGUGACUCCAUCGAUGGUGUCAUCGGCCGCUACGAUUCACAAUCUUCCAGCUGCGACGUCUUCUUGAUUCUGCAACACGAGCCGGCAACGAAGCUGCACCCUUUGCAUACAUUGAUCCACCACUGAUACCAAUUGUACACUAUUACAAUCUUUUUUCUUUUUGGCGUCAACGAGCUCCAUCGCUGCAUAAUCUGUCUCCGCCAUGUGCCGUUUCUUGGUCUAUAAAGGCAGCGAUGACAUUUUAUUGUCAAAAUUAAUUCUCGACCCUACGCACUCUAUUUUGAAGCAGUCGUUCGACUCCCGUUUACGAUUGGAUACGAGAAGAGGUCAAAAUAAUGCCGAUGGCUUUGGCAUAGGCUUUUACACCGAUCCCAAGCUUGGUUCAGCUCCUUGCUUGUUCACAUCGACUAUCCCAGCUUGGAACUGCACCAACCUCCAACGCAUAGCAUCCAAGACGGCAUCCCGAUUAAUCUUUGCUCACGUCCGUGCUACAACUGAAGGCUCUCUAAGCGAAGACAAUUGCCACCCAUUCACACAUGGCAGCCUUAUGUGGAUGCACAAUGGCGGGCUAGGAGGCUGGAAACACAUCAAACGUCGUCUGGGCGACAAGCUAGCAGAUAAAUGGUUCUUGAGUGUGCAGGGCGGUACCGACAGUGAAUGGGCAUUUGCGCUAUUCCUGGACACACUAGAGAGAAUGGGGCAUGAUCCUAGCUCGUGCCCGGAAAAGGGUUUUGGGCCAACUGUGCUACGAAAGGCAGUUUCUGAAACCAUCCGACAGAUCAACGAACUCACUGAUUCCAUCCCCAGUGACAUUGUUCAGAAUGAGGAUGUGGAUACUCGAAGCCUGUUAAACUUUGCCCUGACAGAUGGUCAUAGCGUAAUCUGCACCAGAUAUAUCAGCAGUUCACGAGACGAAGCUGCCAGUUUAUACUAUUCGUCGGGGACCCAGUGGGCUACCAAAACCGGAGCUGCAGACGAUAGACAAUACCAGAUGGAGAGAAGAGACAAAGGUGCAGACAUUGUGUUAGUGGCAAGCGAGCCAUUAACCUUUGAGCGAGAGAACUGGGUCAAUGUUCCAACAAACUCGAUUCUUACAAUUCACCGGCAAACCGUAAUGGUGCAUCCCAUCUUGGAUAAGUACUACGAACGAGACCCAUACCAUGUUCGAUCUAGCGCGUUCGUUCAAGCCAAGGGCUUGGUAUCCAACGAAAAGGUCCCAAGCGGUUCACUCAGUCCGGCAAUCGAUGAGGGCCGGCACGGAUUCGAUGCAGCAGCGGCCAAGACUAUAAACCAGCCUGGAAUAUCACGAAGCAUCAGCCCAGAUUUCGUGAGACGGUCAUUAACGCCGGCAUGCUCUCGAGAGUCACGUCUAUUCCAUGCUUCCGGCAAACAUUGAGAAGGCACGAUGCAUCGUGCCACACACACAAGCGCAUACUUGCAGACAUGUACCAACCUUAUUCAUAUUUCAUAUUAGCUUUGCGGGGAAACCCAUUCAUUAUUUGUGCCCUCUUUUAAGCGUUGUUUGAGGGCUUUGUGAGUGAAGCAUAGCCCUAAAUGCCGCCAUACGACCACAUCAAACCUCAUUUAGAUUCAUUGAUAAUAAUAGACCAUACUUUCAAUACUAGUUACGUUACGAGUGCG